AUGGUUGGUCUCCCCUCUCUGAAAACUUUGCAAAUUCAAAGUGUGAAGCUCUUAGAUGGAGAAUCUUUCCGAAAGAUUCUAUCUAUCUGUCCUGUUCUUGAAAAUCUGUUGGUGAAACUCUAUGGUGGUUACGUCAAUAUGGGAAUGAUCAAUGUUGGCAUCCCUUCUUUGCUGAGGUUAUCACUCCAAAUACCUUAUGAUGGUCUUCUAGAUGGUUUAGUGAUAGAUACCCCUUCUUUGAAGUAUUUGAAGCUUGAGGAUUAUGAUAAAGAGUAUCUUCCAUCAUGUCUUAUUGAGGAUCUGCCUCAGCUGGAGAAGGCAUAUCUAGAUGUUAACUAUCGUGAUGUCGAGAGACUUAUAGCAUCAAUCACAUCUGUCAAGCGGCUUACGUUAGCUUUGGAGGCUAUAUAUCGUGGCAAGUUUGUUUUCAACCAGCUCGAACAUUUGAGGCUAUGCGUAGGCACUAAUUGUGCGUCUAGUCUCCUUGUCCGGUUACUUGAAGAUUCUCCUAACUUACGAGAACUAGAUCUCUUUGAAAUGCAUUUGAAGUGUUUUCUGCCUAAGAAUCUGAAAUUGGUUAUAUGCCCUCACCUGUAG